AUGGGGAGCCGUCUCUUGACCCAGCCAGGCAUGGGGGAUAGCUCAGCGGGCAAUGCCUGGCCCCCUGGCCUCCUUCCAGGGAGAAACAGCGGGCCCUCCAUCUCGGACCAGGAGCUUCAGCACAUCUCUGAGGAGCUCUAUGCCGCCGAUGUGAACCGGGCCACUGGCCGCCAGAUCAUCCUUGACCUGCAGCACAAGGUGCCCGCCUCGGAGACCAGCACCGGGCACGACUAUGCCAGCCACAAGCUUUUCCGCUACGUGGACGAGGGCACGCUGUUUACCAGGCCCACCUUUGCCCGGCUCCGGGCCCUGCUGGACAACUACGACCGCCAGACAGGGCAGAAGGAGGUGGUGACGGCAACUGAGGCUGAAGAGCAGGAGGCCUUCCUAGCAGAGAUCUUUGCCACCCCUGUGCUGGCCACCCUCACCCGCUUCUUCCUCGCCAGAGGCCUGUAUGCUUCGGAGGCCAAGUUCCAGGAGGACCUGAAGACGAUGUGGUUCGGGAUGUACUCGCGCUCCAGCGGGAAGGCAACCGACUCCUCUGGCUUCGAGCAUGUCUUCCAUGGUGAGAUCAAGAAGGGGAAAGUCUCGGGCUUCCACAACUGGGUCCAUUACUACGAGCUGGAGAAGACUGGGCAGAUCAACUACCUGAGCUACAGCUACGAUGGGCCUUGGACCACCUACCCUGACAUCCUGGCCAUCCAGUACCGCUGGAACCCGACCGGCUGUGAGUGCACCCUCAGCCUCGCGGGGAAGCGGGCACAGAUCCAGACCUACUCGUGGGCCAACACGGAGUACGGGCCCGGCCAGCACUACCUCGCCUCCUCCUACCCCUUCAGCCCCUAG